UAAUAAUGGCGGGUAAAGUCUGAAUAUCUAUGUGCUAAGUAUUUUAUGGGGACAUGAAAAAUGCAUUCCGAGUCAAAUAUCGGUUGACUUCGGAAGCAAUUCAAAGCUCUUGUGAGAAAAAGGACAUGAAAAUUGGACUCCUAGUCAACCAUCAGUUGACUUCUGAAUCUGAUGGAGUUCAAGUGGAGGCACCCUACGCAACUCAGCAGUGAGCCGACAGGAUUCCAGCCAACUCAGCUUCUGAGGGGCCCACCUUGGUCAACCCGCCACUCUCCUUGUCGAUGCCAAGUGGGCCCCUUCGAUACCCCUGCUUCAGCCUUCAUUAAAAGCCUAAGCGAAGCUCCUCGCUCUCUGCCCACGACUCAGCUCCACAAUUAAUCCGCUAUGUCCCUUUCCUUUUCCUCGUCCUACGACGUCGACGGCAGCCUCCUCCACUACCAGAACUGUCCCUCCUUUGGCUCACCGACCGCCCCUUGUGAGUUCUACCACGACGCCAAUGGAGGCCUCCUCCCCUUCCCCUCCUCCUUCCCACGCCCACCUGCCGAGUACUACGACCUCCGCCGGAGCAGCAGCUCUCAGUCGCUUCCCCUCCACCUCUACGCUCCGGAUCCAACCAUCCACCACCACCCGCCUCCUCCCCCGUCGUACUCCUCCCCGCCGUCAUCCUCAAGCGACUACCUCAACUUCCACGCUGCCCCAGUUAGGCGGGUGCUCAGCGCCGGCGAUCUCCAGAGGAAGCACGGUUCGCCGGAGAACUACGGCCAGGAAGGCGGCGGCGCUUCGGGGAGAGUCGGAAAAUACAGUGCCGAGGAGAGGAAGGAAAGGAUUGAGCGCUACCGGAGCAAGCGAAAUCAAAGGAACUUCCACAAGAAGAUCACUUACGCCUGCAGGAAGACGCUCGCCGACAGCCGGCCGCGCGUGCGGGGCCGCUUCGCCCGGAACGGCGAGACGGAGGCGGAGUUGGCGGCAGCGAGCAGCUCCGGGAUGAACCAGAGCUACGGACUCGGCGGCGAGUGGUGGAGCCAGAUCCUGGCGACGGACGACGACGAGGACCUCUACUACGACGGCGACGUCCUCGUGAACCUCGCCGCCGCCGACGUCUUCGCCAUGAACAUUCUCUCCUAGCUAAUUAACCGGAACGGAUAAAAUCGCACACUCAACAGUAGAUUAUUUACCAGUCAUUUCAACUGCGAUCAAUCUAGAAUAUGAUUGCUCUGUUCUUGAGCUAGCACUGUUUUCUUAACAAGUUCUUAUUCCCCAAGUAAAAUUCAAGUUACUGCCA